AAUCAGUCCCUGAUUCCUAGUCAGUCUGGUUCAAGUGCCGGGGGAUUGGAACUUAGUACCUGGGAAACGUCACCUAAAAGUUCCGAUCCCCUGGACAUUUUAGUUAUGCAAGUUACAGGGAAACGGAACCCACUUGUCGCAGGAUUUAGCGGGCUUCGAUUCCCCGAGAUGAUCCGGACGCUAACAUGCGACUACUACCAUAGACCUUCCAUCGCAUGUACAAGUACGGACAGUGAGGAACCGGAAAUGUCUGAAGUGAUGAACACACUCCGGAUCUUGUCCCACCCGUCUAGAAAGUCGAUACAGCAAUCUUAUACUCGAUGUACUAACUGUAACGGGGCUGUCAUUGCACAACAACGGCCUCGAAAUCGGGAUGACAUCCUUAGAAAUUUGGGGAAAUUGGAACGGACAUUACAGGCACGUGGGGAAGAAUUGCCACCUUGGGUGCAAGCUUAUAAGGAGGGGAAUUCAGUCAAGGCUGCAAAAUUGCUGCAUCUCAGCUUUGUGUCAAGUAGGAGGAGUUUAAAACGUGCCGUUGUUCAAGAAGCAACAUCAACUAGACCUAAUUUGGAACAAAAUGAUGUUCAGACACAAUUAGAGAAUGACGACGAAGUUAAUGUAAUUUCAAACAAGAGGAUACAACUAAUAUCUUAGGCUUAUUAGGAAUGAUAAAGAUUAGUAAAAUGAAAUUUUUUAAUUGAACGUUCAUUUAAUUUUUAUUCAGUAAAAAAUAAAAUUUACACAAAUUA